UUGACGUUGCUCUGGUGACGUGUACGUUCUGGUUGGACCAGGAAGUAGCUUCCAGUGAGAGUUUUAAGAAAAUAUACCGCUAGAUUCUUCGUCACUGGUUUGUCGACUUGUGGUAUAGUUUACACAGUUUUGUAUUGAUAAGCUAUCUAAAUACUUUAUCUGAUUAUUGCACUGGGUGAGACAGCUAGAUCGUCAGGUAGUUGCUAGAUAUGGCUCCGAAUCUAGGAGGCGUUUCGGUAGUUUUCGGUCCAACGUUGCUCGUGUUAUUACUGGCCUAUUGCGAGGCAAGAAUACAUCAUUUGUCUCUGAAGAACGAUAGUCGAUUUAUCAUUCACCUCAACACCUUCGGUUUCUAUACCAAUGGGACACUAGAUGUCAACCUGCGCUCUCUGCGGUUACCGAACAAACUCGUGGACUACACCAAAAACCCGGUGGGCUUCAGUCUUUCGAAGUCUCGCGUAAACGGAGUCCUGUCAUACACUGCGGAGGAGACGGCGACAUGUCCGCUAACACUCACAAAACCCACCAACGACGAGCCCCUCAUCCUCUUCAUAUUCGAUGUCGACAAUCUCAGGGUCCAUGUGAAGUCUUAUGGGGAUCAGGACAGCCUGCUGAAAGCCAGGAUGAAGCCAACAGAGACCCCUGCGACAACAGAGACUGGAGGCGCCAGGAGGAGGAGAGAGGGAAAUGUCGCUGCCCCCACCGCUCAAGGGAAGCAGGAGGUGAAACAGGAGGUGAAACAGGAGGUGAAGGAGGAGGUGAAGGAGGAGGUGAAGGAGGAGGUGAAGGAGGAGGUGAAGGAGGAGGUGAAGAAGGAGGUGAAGGAAGCUGAUACUGCCAUCCAGUUGGGGAAGAUGAAAGAAGUGAACCUCGACCUGCAGAAAACCAACGACUCCUACAGCUUCAAGUUCCGCAUGACAAUUGGCUCAUUGACCGAGGGCUUGUACAACCUCAACUUCCAUUACUGCAACAACCUGAAGCCUGGGGUAGACCUGCAGUACUCACUCCAGGUGGAAGUGACAGAGAAGAACCCAGGAGGGUACCUGUCAGCAGCAGAGAUCACUCUGCCUCGCCUCUACAUCAGCAUGGCUGCUGUCUUCUUCACCGCAGCCCUGGUCUGGGUCUACACACUGAUGAAGCACAGGUACAGUGUGUUCAAGAUCCACUGGCUGAUGGCGGCUCUGGCCUUCACCAAGGCCAUCUCCCUGGUCUUCCACAGUAUCAACUACCACUUCAUCAACACAGAGGGACACCCCAUAGAGGGCUGGGCUGUCAUGUACUACAUCACUCACCUGCUGAAAGGAGCCCUCCUCUUCAUCACUCUGGCGCUGAUUGGGACGGGCUGGGCCUUCGUCAAAUACAUUCUGUCAGACAAGGAGAAGAAGAUCUUCAUGAUUGUCAUCCCCCUGCAGGUGCUGGCCAACGUGGCCUACAUCAUCAUCGAGUCCACGGAGGAGGGCACCAGUGAGUACGGCCUCUGGAAGGAGGUGCUCUUCCUGGUCGACCUCAUCUGCUGCGGGGCCAUCCUCUUCCCUGUCGUCUGGUCCAUCCGACACCUACAAGAGGCCUCUAGCACUGAUGGGAAAGCUGCCAUGAACCUGGAAAAGCUGAAGCUCUUCAGACAUUACUACGUGAUGAUCGUGUGUUAUAUCUACUUCACCAGGAUCAUAGCCAUCCUACUGAAGGUCACCGUACCUUUCCAGUGGCAGUGGUGCUACGAGUUCCUGGUGGAGGUGUCUACGCUGGUCUUCUUUGUGCUGACAGGAUACAAGUUCCGUCCUGCUUCUAACAACCCCUACCUCCAGCUGCCCUUGGACGAGGAGGACGUGGAGAUGGACGAAGUAGUGACAGAGUCAGGGGCUCUGGAGGGCGUCUCUAAAGUCAAGAAGACCUCUAACGGCCGCGAGCGUCAGAGAGAAUCCACUUUGUGAGACUGUGUGUGUGUGUGUGUGUGUUGCUGUGGAAGAGGAGAGGAACAGAAGAAGAGGUUCCCCCAGUCUCCCCUGUCUGAACUGUGAGUGGCUGCUGCUAUGGCAACCGCUGUCUGGCUAUGCAAACAACACGGAUGUGUCGGACCUUGUCUCUGCCCUCCUCAGACUGUCAGUGGUUUGUUCCAGGAAGUGAGGGAGAGCAGACCCCCCCCCCUCUUAGACUCAGAUGGAACGGUCUUGUUCCUUUGUUUAGACCUGUUCUCUCUGUCUCUCACUCUCUCUCUAUUACUCUCUCUCUAUUACUCUCUCUUUUUCUCUCCAUUUCUAACU